AUGCCCAGCCUCUACAAGGCCCUCAUCCCCAUCUCGAAGGCCUACGUCAACGCCGCCGGAUACCGCAAGGUCGGCCUCAAGUACGAUGACCUGAUCAUCGAGGAGCGCCGUGAUGUUGAGAAGGCCAUCUCGCGUCUCCCCGCCAUCGAGGGCUACGACCGUGCCUACCGCUUCCGCGUCGCUUUCCAGCAGGACCUCAUGCGCCGCCCCCUCCCCAAGGAGCAGUGGCUCAAGCCCGAGGACGAUGUCCGCUACCUCACCCCUUACAUCAAGCAGGUCGCCAAGGAGGACAAGGAGCGUGCCGACUGGGACUCUGUCACCGUCAAGGACUCGCACUAA